AUGUCUGUGAACCCUGCGCAACAAGCUGCCGAUUCCCUGCGGAGACGGUCGUCUGAGUCGACUACGCCUGCGAGUCUUACGAGGAGUUUCGAGAAUACGCCUGCGACGAGAUCGAGAGCGGAUACUGGGCGGUCACCGACAGAAGAGCAGAGUCAGAUAAUUGCUGUACACGAGCGGUACAACAUGGCGAAUAUGGAUGGGUCCCUGCCUGAAGAUGACGGCAUGCGCUCGCUGCGCCAGCAACUGCAGGAGAUUAAGCAGCUUGCGGUGUCGACGGAAGAGAAGGCCCAGAGAAUGCAUUUCCUCAUGACGCAGGACUAUCUCAAACAUAAGAGCUUGCUGGAACCGAUACCCCAUGACUCCCCUCAAGAAGAUGGUGGUUUGGAUAACGAUGGCUCCCUCUCGCCCAUGCUGGGCGCCGCGGCGAUGCCUAUUGAUCCCAAGAAUCCUUACAACCUGGCUUCUGGGGAUCUGGAUCCUGUGUUUAGCCCUUUGCCUAAGAACCCGAGGGACGUGGAAGGGGAUCUGGACGAGGCUAUGGAUGAUGAUAUCCCCGAGUUGGGCUGCAUGCACUACAAGCGGAAUGUGAAGGUGCAAUGUUUUGAUUGCCAGAGAUGGUUCCCCUGCCGGCACUGCCACGAUCAGGCCAAUGACCUCCCUUUUCAACACAGUCUCAAUCGCAAGAAGACGCAGAAUAUGCUGUGCAUGCUGUGUCAGACGCCGCAACCUGCUGCGGAGAUUUGCACGAAUUGUGGGGAGUAUGCGGCGUGGUAUUACUGUCCGAAGUGCAAGCUUUGGGACAAUGACAGUAACAAGAGGAUCUAUCAUUGCGAUGACUGCGGGAUCUGUCGGGUUGGCGAGGGUCUUGGGAAGGAUUAUGUGCAUUGCAAGCGCUGCAAUGUGUGCAUAUCGAUAUCGACUUCGGCGGCGCAUCCUUGCAUCGAACGGGCGACGGAGGGCAAUUGUCCCCUGUGUCUGAUAGCGCUCUUCGAGUCUCGCACACCGGUUGUCAGCUUGCCUUGUGGGCAUUAUAUGCACGGCGACUGUUACAAGGAUCUCAUGGCUGUGACGUACAAAUGUCCGGUGUGCAGCAAGAGUGCUGUCAAUAUGGAAUUGCAAUGGCGGAAACUUGAUGAAGAGAUUGCUAUUCAGCCGAUGCCGGAUGAGGACGAGGAUUUGGAUGAGGUUAUGCCUCAUGUUGAAGGACAAACCGGUCAGGACGAACAGCAAGCUCAGGAAGAGACGGAAGAGCCACGCCAACGCCGGCCGCGACAAGUAUGGAUCGGUUGCAAUGACUGUAGUUCGAGGAGCUGGACGGCAUUCCACUGGCUUGGACUGAAGUGUCAACGCUGCGAUAGCUACAACACCAACCAGAUGGCUCCGACUGCUGUGCAUGAGACCGAGGCUGAAAGGUUGAUGCGUCAACAGCAGGUGCAUCGACAUGACUUCACCGGAAACGCCGUCCUCCGCGAUGCUGGUAUUGGCGUUGAGGACCCGCCUGAGCAAUUCGCAAACAGUGCUCUCGAAGCCAGCAACGCCUUGGAAGUUCCCGAAUCACCCUCCCAACAAGCCUACCUCUCCAGCUCUCCACGCCUCUCCAGCGGCGCUCAAUCCCCCGGUCGCUACUUCGUCCACGACGAAGAACCCCGCCGCCCCAGCUUCACCACAGCCCGCUUCUCCACCCCCUCCAUGCCGAACCUCCCCACCCUCUCAAACCUCCCCGACAUGCCUCGCAUGCCCCGAAUGCCCAACCUACCCAAUCUCCCGAACCUCCAAAACAUGCGCCAAAACCUCCCCAACAUGCCCAACGUCGAGCUCCCCCGCUUCUCGCCCUACCAAAUGUUCGACGCCGUCAGCCGCAGCCUCUCGCCCAUGCGCUACUACCUCCAAGGCCUGGACACGCGGGAAGAACACGAAAUCAUCCAGCGCAUGCGACAUCGGCCGACGAGUGUGCGGAGUGAUCCGGCGCGGAGUCCGACGACGACGACGAUGGGGUUGGGGAGUUCGUCCAAGUUGAGGACGACGAGUAGUGGGAGCGAGGGGGUCGAGAGCGCGGAUCUUUGGGCUACGAGUGAGGAGGGGGAGGAUGAGGGGCAGGGGGGAAGUGAUAGUGAUAGUAUUCAUGCGUUGGAGGCCGGGGAGGAGGAUAGUAGUGAGGAUGAGGAUGAGGGGGAGGAGAGUGGGGAGGAUGGUGAUGAGGUUGUUGGGGAUGAGGGGGAGGCGGAAGAGGGGAGGGAGGAGUUGGAUAUUUUUGGGCAUCGAUGA